AUGCAGGUGUUUCUCACGCUGAAAAAUGGUGGCCCGCAUCCUAAAGGAGGAUCAUUUAUCCGGCCAAACAAGGCAAAUUUUGGAGUAGAUUUUCUUACUGCAGUAAAGGAUCGGUACGGAUUGAAUGAUAAGCAAGAUGUUCAAUAUGGGACAGAGAAUACAGUAGUAUUUGGAACGAAGACUGUGGAAUUCGUUGGCAUGGAUUCUGUUGCAGAACAGCAAAGACAACUGAACAAACUGGUAGAUAUCUCGGUGCGUGAGUGUGCAGUGAGCCAUGCUGGUCAGACAGAGGAAAUCAGCAGAACGUGUGCCAAUAUGAGGCAUAUAAACCUAUCAAAAAAUUUGAUAUCGUCUUGGGAGACAGUAAUAGAUAUUGCUUCUCAAGUUCAGAAUCUGGAAACACUUAAUGUCAGUGAAAACAAAAUGAAAUUUCCAUCUACAUCAGCUUCUAUAUCCAGUGCAUUUUCAAAUUUGAAGAUUCUGGCACUUAAUCAAACUGAAAUAACAUGGACAGAGGUUCUUCUCUGUGCUCAAGGAUGGCCAGCACUUGAAGAGUUGUACCUUUCUUCUAAUAGUAUUACAGUUUUGGAAAGGCCCGAUAAUGUCCUGAAGACCCUGAAGUUGUUAGACCUUUCAGACAACCAGUUACUGGAUGGAAAUCAACUGCAUCUAAUAGCACAUCUCCCCAGAUUAGAACAGCUAAUACUUAGAAACACUGGCAUAUCUUCUAUACACUUUCCUGAUGCUGGAUUUGGCUGCAAGACUAAAAUGUUUCCUUCACUAAAACGCCUUGCAAUAAAUGACAAUAAAAUAUCACAGUGGUCAUCUAUCAAUGAGCUUGAUAAACUGCCAAGUUUGCGGUCUCUGCAGUGUAACAAUAACCCUCUCAUGGACACAGAGAAGAACCCAGAGACCCUGAUACAGCUAAUUAUUGCCAAGAUAAGUCAGUUGGAGGUUUUGAAUAACUGUGAGAUCCUUCCUGCUGAAAGAAGAGGAGCAGAGCUUGAUUAUCGCAAAAUAUUUGGAAAUGACUGGUUAGAAGCUGGUGGGCAUUGGGACCCAGAGAAAAACAAACCAAGCAAAGAAUUUCUUGCUGCCCAUCCCAGAUACCCAUCACUCUGUCUUAAAUAUGGUGCACCUGAAGAAGGAGAACUGAAGGGACGACAGCCUUUGACUCUGAAAAAUCAGCUUCUGACUUUGACAAUUAAGUGUCCUGAGAAACCUGAACAGAAGCCAGUAGAGAAAAAGCUACCAGAGUCUAUGACUAUUCAGAAGGUCAAAGGACUGCUCUAUCGCCUAUUUAAAAUUCCUGGUUCAGAACUGAAACUGUCCUACGAAAGUUCUAAACUGGAAGGAAAAGAAGUUGAACUAGACAAUGACUUAAAGCCUUUGCAGUUUUACUCAAUAGAAAGUGGAGACUGUGUGUUAGUACGGUGGUAAGAAGGGACUCUUGCUAGACUGAAGGAAAAGCCGACACAGGAACUGCAGAAGAGUGACAGAGUGGCCGCAGGCAGUAUGGACAGCCUGUGCCUGAACACACCUACGGGCGAAUACGAGUUUCACACGUGGCACCAGAGGGCUGUACAACUGUACUUUCAGCUCCUCAACUCUAUCAUCAGCCUCCCUGAAAGCAUCUACUCAUUUCUCUUACUUGAGAGAUACCAAAUAGUACUUAAAUGCUUUAAUUAAAUAAAACUCAAGGUAACCCUUCUGCCUUCCCACUGCAGCAGUGAGAAUUUGUUUUACUGAACCGAGUACAGGGUUUAGUUGUGAUCUCUUUGCUUACAAGACAAGAUUAGUGCUGCACUGAGAGGCUACUUGCUCUUUGUUUUCACCUACGUCCAGCAACCUUAAAGCAAAUGAAACCCAGCAGUAAUUUUAGAAGUACCUACACAGCCUUAGACUAUUAAAAGUCAAAAUCUGACAGACCUUUAUUCUAUCCUACAGUGUUAACAUACCAUAGUAUAAAUAAGUUCCCAGCACACUGCAAGGCAAUGCUACUUAUUUUACAUUCUUUAGUGUGCUGGUCCUCAAUCUUACUUUACUUUCCCUUGUGUAACCUCAGAUUCAUAUCUAAUAACACAGUGAGUUCUCAGAAAUCCCUCCUAAGUUUGCAGUACUUGAAGAUUUGGUAUAAGCAAACUUUGAUACUGUUUUUAUCUAAAAUGGCAAUGGUAUAAACAAAGUAAGUGUAAAUCCUAACCCCCAUUGCUGUCCCAGCCCCUGCACAGAUGAGGGCAACCCUUUAGACAGCACAGAACCUGCUGCAGCAAGACUUACCGGAUGCCCUGGUGCUGAGCACAGCUCUCCACUGGAUCCUGGUACUGCUCUAUACUGAGUUAAAUCAGUAAUUCUUUAAUUUACAAAAGACAGGCUAGUUGGCAUUCUUAAGUGCAUUUAUUAAUUACAAGUAGGUCUUUACCUUUAUAUAAAAAGGAAAUCUUUUUAUCUUAAGCAUUUUGGUUUUUGUCAGAUCAAUCUAUACUAUAGAAAAUGAAUAGUAUCAGUCCACUUCUAGUUAUCAAAAGGGAUGUGCAAAUAUUGUUAUGCUUAAGUUGAAACCCAACAUUAAAAGGUACCUUAAUAUUUCUUAUUGUUCCUGGAAUAAAUCGAAAUGUACACUUUUCCAUGAUCAUUAUACACUACCCUGUUUUCCAAGGCAAGUCCAUCAUCUUUCUUCACAUCUACAUGGAUCUCCACACAGUUCCUUUAAUCUCCACAGCUCUUUCAGUUCCUGGGGAGAGUACUGGGGGGAAGACAGCAUGCCACUCUCACAUGUCUUCUCACACAACCAAAGACCAUCCUGUUAGAGAGAGAACCAUUUCAAUUUAGUCCCCAGGAAUUUUCACUUUCAAGAAUCGGGUGUUCUUUGUUUACAGCAACAAACUUUGCACACAAAGGUCCCCAAAUGAUCUGCUCGACCUAAUCAGAGAACCUGAGAGGUAGGGAUGGCAUCUGCAGGUGGUUUGUGGGGGUUUUGUGGUUUAUCUUUGAAAUGCAUCUUCGAAUUUUGGUGGUUUUUUUCCCUCUGGAUUUUAAUUCAAUGGUUGUUUCAAUUUCUUUUUAAAAACAAAACGUUUCCCCUAUUUUAUGCUACUUGGAACAGGCAUGUUCUCUUUCUGUAAGAUCAGACAAUUCCUUCAGACUUACUUGAUAUCGCUUGGGUCCUACAGCUGCCAUCCAGAUGCCCAUGCUUACAUCUUCACCCUGAGAUGACACAUUAAAAUAAAAAAUACAGAUAUUAGCAUCAGGAAAGCAUAAAGCAUGACUUGGUGACCUGGAAUAAGUUGCAUCAUCUACCAGCACUAAUGAAUGGUAGCUACAAAAACCUACGUCUGACUAUGUUAGGGCUAUUAAAUUAAUCCUCCCAGCUUUCUUGUGUUAAUACAUUGUUCUUAGAAGAACAGAGUACAGAAACAAAGAUUACAGCUCCCAAGGUUCUCAGUACAAAACAUCUAACAUUUGUGCUUUGACCUAGAACAGACACUAAGUGUAGAGACCACAAACAUUCCAAAGCCGUCAUUAGCCAGGAGAACCCAACACUAAUACUUGAGCAAUGUUCUUUCCAACUCAUUCAAUCACUAAAAAAAAUCACUAAACUGUGUCAAGACCAGUUUAAGACAGUCAACCUGAACCAACUCUUUAUUACCUGGUAUGUCUUUAACCUUUCAGAGUUGCUUGCCAGCCACUGAACAAUGUCUUUGGAGAUGACAUAGCCGGACCCACAAGCAAAGGCUGGAUAUGCAGGACUUGGAUACUCCAGCUCUUGCCAUUUCCCAGUUCGAUCAACUGCCCAAUUUAGUCUGAAACUGAAGACCAUGUUAGGUAUGAGAUGAUUAUAGAGAGCCCUCUGUGGAACCUAUGAACAUUGCUAACAAUUGUAAGUAACACUGACAACAAACAGUGCUAAGAGGAAGAAGUAGAAGGUGAUCCUAAUUAUAGUUCCUAGCCUCAUUUCUCUAGGGCACACAUCUAAUUGAACACAAGUGCUUAAAUCAUAACUAUUGUUUGGUGUCAGUCUUGGGUAAUAAGAGAAAGUUCUCAGAACAGAAACCAAUAUUGACACAGUCAGGUCUUCAGCAUGCUGCACCUUGCUGCUGGGUUUUGAUCCAGGAAAGCACAUGCAUCCUUACCUAUGUUCUGUAACAGGCACAUCUGUGUCCUGUUAAUUAACCCCUUUCAUGAAUCAACAUGACACAAAGUCAGUGCCUCCAGCAGGCAUGGCGAUACAGUGAUGUUAUACAACCCAUUUUCCUGAUAAAACUAGUGGCUGCUUAAAAACCAGGAAGCAAUAUGUACCUUCUCUAAGCCUUUUUCCAAAUGAAACUCCACAAAGCGGAUGUUCAAAGGCUGCCAUCACUGAAUUACAAAAAAACCUUCCUGGCAGUGGUGUCCUCUAAGGAAGACUUUAUUCACUACUAGAGGCCUGCAGAAAGCCAGUAGUGCUCUGUCUGCAGACAAACUCCCAGCCCCGGGCAGCAUGGCAGAGCUCACUGCCACACCAUGUGUCACUAUGGACCCUGUCAAACAGCCAUGUGAGGCAGAGAGAAGCAUCCUGCUUUUCCUUUUUGGGAACAGGCUGGUAUUGCACUCCCCUGGCCUUACAAAUACUUCAUGCACUCAUAGCUAAGUGGCAUUAACUGUGUCAAUGCAGCAGGUUCUCCCCAUUUUACAAACAGGUUCAGCAUUGGUGAGUUCAGUCAUGAGCACAGCAGCUGAAAGCUUUAGUGAGCUACUAAGAAUUGUCACCUCAGACAACAGCCCUGAAAGGGAGAAAUUACAGCUGAGUGGCAGAUCUGUUAUCAGACUCAGCACAUUCUCAGCAUAAGCUGACAUGUUAAAGCACCAAAGAGAUAGAAGUCACAUCUGAUACCUCAAUUCACUUUAGACUCAGUAUUUUCCACUCUUUUGAAUCACAGCAGGAAGGGUGCAACCGCCUCCAGACUGAGAAGCACGUGCUUUGAUAAUCAUUUUAUACUUCCAUAGUUAUUUCAGCAUUGUUCUCUACACUUCACACUUGCCUUAGCUAAAGACUGACUAUUAGAGAAUUUACACGUGAAGAUGUCACCCUUACAGAUCUUUGAGAUAACCACAAGAUAACCAGCUAUUUCACACACACUUGACCACGCACCUUAUUAAAUCACUUUAUGAGUAAGCAACAGUCAGUACCAGAUUUGUCAAGCAAAGUAGCAAAGGCCUGUUUUUCCUCAGUAAGCAGAUGGCAACAGGAAGGCCCAUUGUGCCAUUAUGCUAUGUUGACUGUUAUAGUAGUGUAGAGUUUCUGCUAUACUGGAUGCUAUACCAGAGCUGCAAUGCAUCCCAUGAAUGGAAAGGAACCUGUAGACUAUUUUGAUCCUCCUAGUUAUUCACAACUGUGUAAUACAGGCUGGGAAAGUUCACUCAAAAAUUCACUGAUCAGAUCUACUGUCUCAAACAGCAGCAAAAAUGGGUAGCAAUGCCUGUCACUCACAGAUGUCAAAAUAAAGUGCAGACCAUAAAGGAAAUUUUGUUUCUCCUGUUCACCCCAUCUCCUCAAGCCCACCAGAAAAAUCACAAAAAGUAAUGUUUACAGUUCUUUAGUAUGCACGUGCCUUUUAACCUCACUGUGUUGCUGGAAUACUUUUAUUUACUUAAGUACCAUGACAAAGAUGCCUAUAACACAUUUUGAAACUAGCACAUUUUGAUAAUCAGCAAGUUUAACUCACUGUAAAGGCACACUCUGGAAAGUUACUGUAAAUGACUAGUUUCUGUCUUCUGAGAUUCAAAGUUCUCACAUAUACAGAAGUCCCGCCUUUUAUAACUGGCUUCCUUACGCAGAAAAGGGAAACCCACAUGAAAAUAGACUUAAAUCACUAAACUGUUCACUAAAGACAUGCUAUCUCCUAAAGACAAGUUUGGAAAAUAACUCACUUCCCCCACCAAAUGUUUGGCCUGUCCAAUUUUUUCUGCAUUAUCCUGUUAAAAACAGCCUCCAAAUCAAUGUAACAGUCGUCGUCCGUCUUCAGCAACAAGUCAAAACUUGUUGAUUCAACUGUCCUGCAGCCAAAAAGAAAAGUGAUGAGAUGCUGAGCAACACACCACAAUCUACAGAUACGCAAUACAAGGUUCUGCAAAAGUUUUUUGGGAAGCAGAGGGAGAAGGAAAAGGGAAGGAACGUCUUUCCUACCCUUGACUUUUACAUGUUUUCUCUAUCAACCAAGGCUGACCUGCUUGUCCUACAGAAAGGAGAUGCAGCUGCAUCCGAGGAUAAUCUUACACCAUGGACUUGUGCAUGAGCUGAAGAAAACAAAGUUUUGUUCUCCGGGACAGAUGGUGGAUUUAUUAAUGAAUCUGUCUUAAACAGUGUUGACUUCAGGAGGAUAUGAAUCCCUGAUGAUGAUGGCAGCACAGCUGUUAAAAGCCACUGGCUACACGUCAGUAGCCUACUUUCAGGAUGAGACAGUCAGUUCAAGGUAAUGAGAAGGUUGUAGGUUUUACCAAACAUCUGUGGAAGUAACUCUGUACUUACUCCUUCUCAGUAAAAGCACCCUUCAAAUAUGAAAAAUGUAAUCUUUAACUGUCUGCAAUAGUUGAAUGUCUGACACUCAUAGAAUAACCAAAAAAAGCUUGAGAUUUUAUAGAUCAUGGCUGAGUUGGUUACAAACAUUGCUUUUAAGGGUAAUUUCUCAUAACAAGAAAGGCAUUUUUUAAAGCCUUUUAUUACUAAAUCUUGAAGUAUUGCUAAUCUGUAAGAAAUGACCACGAAGAUCUAAGUCUUGACAUUUAAACUCACUUUUAGAACUGAAAGCAUGGUUCAGUUUUUCAGUUACAUUCAUAACCAUGAAAUUUGUUAAAUAAAUGCAUAAUCUUGCAAGCAGCUAAACUGAAUUCUGGCUAAAUUACAACUGUCAGCUAUAUUUCUUACUCCACAGCAACAUCAAUUAAUUGAAACGGUUGCCUCAGAGUAACGGAAAUAAUUGAAAAUUAGAGGUAAUAACUUAUUAGAUUCAUCACAGACAAUGUGUUACACUAUGAAAAAUUCUUCCUAUAAACCUUCUGCCUCCCCCCCCAAGUUUCCCAUCCUUCCCUGCAACUCAGCACUGAUGCAGCCACAUCUAGACUACAGUGUGCAGUCUUAGACUCUUCAGUACAAGAGGGACACAGACAUACUGGGUGGAGAAUCCAGCAAGGGCCAUCAAGAUGAUUAAGGGGCUGAAGCAUCUCUCCAAUGAGGAAAGGUGAGAGAGCUGAGACUGUUCAGCCUGAAGAAGAAAAGGCUUGGAGAGAGCUCAUUAAUGUAUAAAUACCUGAAGGGAGGGUGUAAAGAGGUGGAGCCAAGCUCUUUUCAGUGGUGUCCAGGACAAGAGGCAAUGGCCACAAACUGAAACACUAAGUUAAGUACACAAACUGGCCAAAAGCCAUCCUUUGAAAGACUAAAACUGCUAGUUUUCAGUUAGAUACAAAUUAAAAGAAAUUACAAGGAGACAUGACAAUUUUCACACCUGGACUCUUAGGGCAGAAGCCUGUCCUGCCAGCUCAUGCUUACUUGAAGCACCAAUGGUCAGCAUUCAAGACUAUAGGUGUUGUUAUUUUACUCACUACAUGCACCCAAAACUGUGAGAGAGAAAUACAACCUGAUGAAGUAAAUCACAUAAGGCAUAUAUUUCAUGGAGCCUAUGCUAGAUCAUCUUGCACUACAGACAGCAACAUUCUAAACAGAAAACACUUUAUUUUCAACUUACCAUCGGUAGAAGUUCAGCAGUUUGGUGGGAACAUUUCUGUAAGUGUCAAUAACAUCUACAAAAACAAUAUCAUCAUAGGUACUGCUUUCUUCCUUCAAUAAAGUAUCUUCUUUCUCAAGGUUUUUUAUGUGACUUGUAAACCUUUCCAGGCGAGUAUGGAGGUUUUGUAAAAGAGCAUCACCUUCUGAAAGAAACAACACCCAUCAUUAAAUAAAGAUGCACAUCUACAUACUA